AUGUUCAGCUUGCUGCCAUCGAAAGAAGAAACAUGCUACUUGAAGGUGAUGCAGUUGGUCAAGCAGGCGCCAGCGGAGGCGGGCAAAACUUUUGAACCAACAACAGUUGUUGUCGACUUUGAGACAGCCAUUCACAAUGCCGUAAGACUCUCCUGGCCAAUUGCUAACAUUGUAGGAUGCCGAUUUCACCUAGGCCAGGCAUGGUGGCGCAAAAUACAGAAACUGGGUCUGUCACCGUCUUUCAAGCGUGAGAAUUCCGAAGUGGGUUUAUGGCUUAAACAGGUGUAUGGUUUGCCAUACCUUCCACCAUCAGUAGUUACAGACUGUUUGGUGUUUGAUAUGUGCUCGGAAGCCCCGCGGGAAGAAAAGCUCCGGCUAUUUAUGGACUAUCUUGUCGAUGAGUACAUCAAAGACGGCUCUGGCUUUCCUCCGGAAAUGUGA